AUGUUUGGGAUCAUUCGAAGAUUAGUUUGUGAGGGUUGUUGUUGUUGUCUUAUUAUAGAGAAGUUUGCGAGAGUUUAAGCGAAGGCUGUAAAUCUGAAACAUGAACGUGGUACAGUCCAACAUCUCGACCACUAUUCGGAGCUUUAACAUUUCGGACGACAUUCGAAUAGAGGUGAAAAAGUUCCGCACCAACGCUAGCAUCGAAUCGCUAGAUAUUGAAGAGGACGAUAUUUCCGUGAUACAGAAAAUCGCCAGAACAUUUGCCGAUCCGCACAGCACCACGUUCGAUCCGGCCACCCUGAAAUCGAUCAUUGUCCGUUUGGGUGAAAUCGAAAAGAAACUGGAACAUAUCGUUCAGCUUAAUCAGCAAGCAGAGGCUCUCGAACAAACGAAUAAGCAAACGAAUGGAGCGACCGUCGCUAACCUGCCGUCGUCCAGUGGCGUUCCCAUCGGGAGCUCGUUGGAGGAAGGGCUGGAGCUAAAGAUUGAACUCGAAUCCGACACCGAGCUGGUCGGUGAAUAUGUCGAGCAAGAGGAGCUGAAACUGGUAGAGUUUCCUAUCAAUCGUAUCGAGGAUCUCAAAGAGUUGGAGGAGUCCAUCACAUCCGAUCAGGACUCGUUCAUAUCGUUUGUUAACUUCAUCAGCUCCACCGUCUUGAAACACAACCGCAACCUAGAACUGGUGCUGAAAGAUUUUCUCACCGAUUCGCUUAUCGUCGAGCUCGGCUACAGUUUGGUGAAGGAGUCAAUGCUGUCGUUUUACAUAUUCAACCAGCUGCUGUACGAUAUCUGGAAAAAUGACUACUCCACCAUCAACGAUUACAACAAUAAGCUGAGGAACAUCGUCACCAAAACGCAAAACAGGAUGAAACCAAAUAAAACUAAAAAGUACUAACAGAACAUUGACAGACGAACCACACGUCU